UCCUAUAAUUGCUUUCUGCAGAAUCACUCCAAAAGAAGCUCUGCUGGCAGGAUGCUGCUCUCCCUGCUCUCCCCCCGCGUGAGCUGGCCUGCACGAUGCCUGCUUUGUGACUUGCACCGGUGGGGGCUGCGUGGGCAGAGGAGGGCUGGCUGUCCCCGCAGAGGUGUGCAAACCACACGGACAGCCAGCAGCCACCACGUCAGCCCUGUCUUCACCAAGGCUUUGACUUUCGGCGAUAAAGUCGCCGUCGUUGACCAAAAUGGUGAGCACACAUACAGGGAGCUUUUCUGCCAGAGCCUCCGUCUGUCCCAGGAGAUCUGUAGAGUCCUGCAGUGCUCCAGCAGGGACUUGAAGGAGGAGAGGAUAUCAUUUUUGUGCCCCAAUGAUGCCUCGUAUGUGAUUGCCCAGUGGGCUUCUUGGAUGAGUGGAGGCAUAGCAGUUCCCCUGUACAAGAAGCACCCUGUGCAGCAGCUGGAGUAUGUGAUUGAGGAUUCGCAGAGCGCUCUCGUCGUCGCAACGGAUGAAUACGUGGGGAAAAUAUCUCCUAGUGCUGAGAAGCUGGGAGUCCCAGUGCUGCCACUCAGGUUUCAUAGCAGUGGAUCUGCAGACCAUACAGCGGUGGAAGACGUGCCCCUGGCAUCCAGUGCUUCCUGGAAGGACAGGGGAGCCAUGAUAAUCUACACGAGUGGGACAACGGGGAGACCAAAGGGUGUCCUCAGCACCCACGAGAAUGUGCAGGCAGUGACCACAGGGCUGGUUGAAAAAUGGGAGUGGAAGAAAGAAGAUGUUAUUCUGCACGUGCUGCCUUUGCAUCAUGUCCACGGGGUGAUCAAUAAGCUGCUCUGUCCUCUCUGGGUGGGAGCGACGUGCAUCAUGCUGCCCGAAUUCAGCGCGCAGAUGGUAAGCCUGGAGGGACUGUGUGCUGUCUUUGAAAUUCAGCAGCAAGACCCCAUGUGCUGUAAUUAGAGCAACUCUGCAAAGAAGUUCUUAGACAGUUCCAACCUUUUUGGCUGCUGGCUGCGUGCGGUUCACAAACUGGUAAAAACCCUUUCUGUUGGACGCUCAGGGUGGGGUAAGUGUGCUCUGCUGGAGGUUACAGCUUGUUUGAGUGUGACAGACAUAAACACGACACCGUGCUGCUCCUCCUUGGUGUGUUGGAGGUCUCAUGUUGGGGGUGAUCUAUUCUCAGUACCCGCUAAGAUCAUCCACACCCAGAAUAAGGGUUGUUAAUUUUCUCAUACAAGGAGAGAGGUGGAAAUAUUGGAUUUUUCCCUUGCACGUUGGCAGUGAGCUGCUUGAAGCUAUACUGUUGGUCGGAUAUUUCAUUUUUAGUAGCUUGCAUUUUCCACGUCCUCGAUGUUUUGUGUUACAUUACAUGACAGAACACAGACUUCAGAGUUUCUUACAGCCUGGCUAAGAGAAAUACUAAUACAUGUCACUUGCAUAAAAACAGUGCUCUUGAGCUGUAGAGGUACAAGUGUAAACAGAUCUGUCAGUUUAGACGUAGCAAUGUAAGUGAGAGUUUGCAAACUGAGAGCUGCUUGCAGUUUUGCGGGAAAGGUGACAGGAGGGAAACCUUAUUUAUAAGUGUGUUUCUGCUGCAUUUAGUGUUUGCUGGCCAAGAUAGGAGGCACCAGUCUGAGUGCUCUGCUUGUAUUUUGUUCCUUGCCUGUGAUGGCAGGUAGCUGACUUACCAAGAAGAUGAAAAGCAACAACCAGCAGUGAAGUAGAACAGCUUCUACAGUUACUGGCUCUGGGAGCUGGCACUAUUCAUCUACAUCCCCUGAUAUUGGUGGUGGUGUGAGAGGCACUGGAGUUCUGGUUUGCUCUGAGAUGAGCAGUGUCACUAUUAAGUGAGCAAUUUCAGGUCCUGGUGCCGCCUCAUAGCAGAAAGAGGACCUGCUUUGUCAGUGGGCAGCUCCUUGGACAAGUGACGAGAGCUGCCAAGCCUGUGCUUUGUGGCUGAACAGGCUGUUUUAGUGUCUGUGUUCAUUCAUGUGCCAGGCAGCUUUGUCACGCUGAAAGGACAAAGAGCAAAUGCACAGGGUGCACCCGGAACCCCUUGGUGCUGUGGCUCUACAGUGGAGCUGAGUUUGGACUCUGAUCUGAGUGAGCCGAUGUCCAUGUGAUUCUUAGCUGCUUAUUUCUGCUUCUCAGAGAGGCAACCACAGAAAAUGUGCGCUUCCCUUCUUGUUUCGAGAUGGCCCUGGCACCUGAAAGCCCCACUGGUGGCUGAGCACCGGUUCUUCCAAGGGGAACAGCCCCAGAAUCACAGAGGGGCAGCUCUGCACUCACAUCUCCAGAAGGAUGCUGUCGUAGAGGAAGGCAGUGAGGUCCCCCGGCAGCUGGAGCUGGUGAUAUCUUCUUGAUAGUCUCUGCCUAAUUUACCUGCUGCCAUCUUAAUGGCGUCACCCCAAGGAGCAUUCUGUGCACACAGCUUGGGGUGCAGCAGGGAUGCAUGCCCACCAGACCAAGGGCUCAGAGCGUUGUCCAGGCAUUGCUAGGAGGCAGCUGGUGUGGAGCAGAGGAGCGUGCCGAUAGCCUGGAAGCAAAGCCAAGCCCUCUGGAGGGCGCGUUUCUCCACAUCCUGUGCCACUGGUGAUUGAUCGUCCCUUCCACCCUUGUGUUUUUCUGUGCUCUCUCCCGACAUCUGCAAAUCAAUGAGCUGACAUUGAAGGAUGGGUCCGGGUGCCUGCAGCAGGGUGCCUGCCUGCUGCCUCUGAUCAAAGCCCUCUGCUGGAGCCGGCAGUGAGGGCGAGUGAGGACAGCGCGGGGCCAUCACACUGACCCUGGAGGUUGGACUUGGGCAGAGGUCGGCGUGGUGAGUGAAGUUCCGGGGGCUCUCAGGUGCACUUGGGCUCUGAAGGACAUCAUUUGCUUUUCUAUUCUUUUUAUUCCCUUUAUUUUUCCGAGGGCCUCCCCUGGGAGCUGAAAGUGGUUUGAUCGACACUACAAAGAAAGCGCACGAGGGUAAAUAAGGCUUUCUUGUGGAGUUUAAUGCAAGCUGCCUUUCAGUUCCAGUCUAUUUUCACCAGCUGUUUACAAAAUACCCUUUGCUACUGAAAUCAGCUUUCAGAGUUUCAGUGGAGGAUUUUGCCAAAGGAGCUCGAGUUUUGCUGCGCGCUUUUUCUCUUGGUUGCACCUUGAGAAAGCAGCCAAUUAUAGUGUGAUAUAAAGAAACCCGGAUGGCAGCUAAAACACUUGACAGCCUGAUCAAAACAAGGCUGGGAACUUACUCUCAACCUGCUGCAGGCAUAUUUAGCCUUGAGUGAUACUGGCAUGGGUUCAAGAGAAACCGCAGCAGCAUACCCGAUGUGUGUUUGGUUUCUAAUCACUAACACUUCAUUAUACAAAAUAAAUACUUUAUUAUUACAGCCUUUAUUAAAUUACAUAAUUUGUGGUGUGCCUUAUAGUCAGAUACUGAUGCCAGUCUGGUUCCAGUGGUGGUAACAGUGCUCUUUAUUUUUUCCCCUUGGUUAGAAGGCUCUCUGAGCCCCAGGCCAGGACUUGUCGCUCCCUGCAUCUUUCAGACCCUUCCGUCUGUUUUUGGGAACUGUCCGAGGAAAGGUUAAAAAUCAAACUGUAAAAUAACCUCCGUGUCCUGACCAACAUCCACUCUCCCCAAAACAGCAUCUGAUGCCCAGGGCUGCGUGCGAGCUAUUGCUGAGGCCACAGGGGCUCAUUAAAGUGUAUUGAGCUGCCUCAAGCGUGAAAGUUGCUGCAUAAAAUCAGAUUCUUUUUAUUAAAUGAGGACAUCCAUUACUUUGCACCAGCUACUGUACAUGUUAUAAUUCACUUUAUAGCACCAUCUGUUAAGGCUGUCUCGCUUAAGCUUUUUGCAGCAUCUUUUUAUUGUAAGUUAUUAAAAAAUAUGGCUGCAUCUAUUAAUCAUUUAUUAAUAAAGGGUUUAUAAAUGGACCCAUAUUUUCCAGCAGCACAGUCAGUUCAUCCACGCUGUGCAAGUCCCCACUGAAUGGGCUGCAGUGUGAUGCUGGGAGGCCCCCAGCUGCUGCCUGCCCUGGGGGCCAUGGGAGCAGCACCCAGCACUGCAAGAGUGCUUCACUGCCUGGAAGGGACGGCUCUGAGCAC